GCUCCAUGAGCAUUCGAGGCAUCUGCCUAUGUCACGACCACCUUCUCAUCGGGCCUGAUACUUCGUACUUCGUGAUAUUUCGACCACAAUCUCUCAAAGAAGGUACUUCAAGGCAUAGGACUUGAGAUCGCACCUACGAAAGAAACUCGGAAGCACAGCGACAGCGAUCCCCCACGGCGACCCCGCUAUCGUCAUCAUGAACUUCAACUUCAUACACAGCACUCUCGACAAGGUCCGUGAGUGGGCGCCCGUUUCGCACACCUCGACGUUUCGCACAAAUGGGCAAAUCACUCCCGAAGAAUUUGUCGCUGCGGGCGACUACCUUGUGUACAAGUUCCCCACCUGGUCUUGGGCGGAUGCGUCUCCCGAGAGCAAACGUGUAUCCUAUCUACCUCCUGGAAAGCAGUUCCUUGUCACGCGCGGAGUGCCAUGCCACCGAAGGCUCGAUGAAAACUUUGCGGGAGAUGCUGGAAAAGAUGAGAUGAUGGUUGGAGAUGGGGAAGACUUCAAGGGCGCUGAGGGCCAUUCCGCCGGGGAUGACGAGGAUGGCUGGCUGAGGACUGGAGGGCUGGCUGCCAGUGGGACAGCUAGAUUGACAGAUGUGAGGACGGUUGAUGAGAGCGGAAAUAUGGGCGAGAGAGAAGAGGAUGAAGAUGAUAUCCCAGAUAUGGAGGAUGAGGAAGAUGACGAAGAAGCUAUUAUUCGAGACCCAAAAGCCGAGGGAGCAGACACGUCUCGGCGUACCUACACCCUCUAUAUUGCCUAUACACCAUACUACCGCACACCUCGCCUUUACCUCUCCGGUUAUCUCUCCAGCUCACAACCCCUCCCUCCCCACCUCAUGAUGGAGGACAUUGUUGGCGACUACAAAGACAAGACAGUUACGCUGGAGGAUUUCCCUUAUUUCAGCAACAAUAUCAAAAUGGCCUCUGUCCACCCUUGCAAGCAUGCCAGCGUCAUGAAGACUCUCCUAGACCGUGCGGAUGCCGCGCUGAAGAUCCGAAGAGAGAAGCUAAAGAAGGGGAAGAUUGUCCCUGGAGCCAAAGACGCUGGAAUGGAAGGGUUGGUAGAUGAUUUUGAGAAGACUGGACUGGGAAGUGAUGACAAGAAGGCUGUCAUGGAAGGCAUGAAGGCUGGUGGUAAUGGGAAUGAUGAAUGGGAGGUCUUACAGCAUGAUGCAGAGUCUGCUCAAGACGAAGAGGUAGCGAUUCGGGUGGAUCAAUAUCUGGUUGUCUUCUUGAAGUUCAUGGCAAGUGUUACACCAGGAAUCGAGCACGACUUUACAAUGGGAGUAUAA